UUGGGUUCUUCCAGUCCGUCACCAGGCGCAAACACAAUUCAAUAAAGUUGACUUAUGUGGUAGGGGACACCCGUAGAUCUUCUUCUGUUCCGCGUAUGUUAACUAAGUACCUACUGAAGGUCAGUAAUAUGCAGCUUACCGAACGAAAGACCGCCAGUCACACCUAGUGCUAACAUGCUGUUGAGUACCACGUAGAUAAUAUCGCAUCCAUAGAAAAGCGAUCUAAAAGUGAAAAUCGAAAAAGUGUUCUGUGGGUGUUUGCGUUUGAACGGUUUGGAAUCGUACCCUGCUUCUUCCCUUGUCUAAGGUCUCGAUUAUGUAAUUAAGGUGCGGAACCGGUGGAAUAAUUGUGUACUUAUUAGUUGUAGAGGAAUUUUAGUAAUUUGACAGAUCCAUCAUGUAUUUAAUUUGGUGUACACUGUUUCUUGCUAGUCAAAUUAAUGCCAUGGAUAACUUGAGGGUGGCAUUCGAAUGGAAAGUGGUGGAUUUUCUGUAUCCCUCGCAGGAAGAAAGGUCCUUGGCGUUACAAAAUAAGGCGUUUAUACCCGAAAACAAUAUACCUAUGGGAUUGGAAGUUUAUAAGGACCGACUUUUUAUAACUAUACCCAGAUGGAGACCAGGUGUUGGAGCUUCAUUGGCUUACAUCUAUUUAAACGACACGUUAGACAACCCCGUACUGCGCCCCUAUCCAAACUGGGAAGCCCACAAGAUGCGUUCCAACGACGAAAGCCCAGAAAUCGUGAGCCCCUUUCGCAUACGAGCGGACCAAUGCGGAAGGCUUUGGGUUCUGGACACGGGCUUUACGGACAUUGCGGAAGACACCCUUAGGGACUUACGUCCACCCAGACUUCUUGUUUACGAUUUGCACAACGACGAACUGCUGAGGACGCACACGAUCCCCUUGGACCAGAAGAACAACGACAGCUUCUUCGCUAACAUCGCCGUCGAGGAUCACGAUUGCGAAGACAGCUACGCCUACUUGGCGGAUCUGAACAAGCCUGGGCUUGUAGUGUACUCCUGGAAGUCGCAGUCUUCUUGGCUGGUUAAAAACAACUACUUCCACUUUGACCCGCUGGCCGGGGCUCUCAACGUGUCCGGAGUGGAGUUCGUGUGGAGCGACGGGAUCUUCGGCUUGGCGUUGUCCGGCCCGGACAGCGAAGGCUUCAGCACGCUGUUCUUCCACCCGAUGAUAAGUUACAACGAGUACUCCGUCAGCACGAGGAUCCUUCGAAACGAAACCCUGGCCAGCCGCAGCUUCCACGAGUUCAAGCUGCUGGGAAGUCGCGGUCCGCGAAGCCAGAGUGGGGCGUCGUUCUUCCACAAAAAAUCCAACGUUUUGUUCUACGCUCUGAUCAAUUUGAACGCUGUGGCCUGCUGGAGGACCACGAAUCCGCACUACGACAUGAUUUCGCAGGGCAGGAUUUUCAUGAGCAAUGAGACGAUGGUGUUCCCCAACGACAUCAAGGUUGAUAACGAGGAUAACGUCUGGGUGCUGUCGGAUAAACUGCCGAUUUUCCUCUACAAGAAUCUCGACUACAACGAAGUCAACUUCAGGAUUCUCACCGCCAAGGUGGCGGAUGCCAUCAGAGGAACCACGUGCGAUUCCAAGUUGGUCGUUAUUCCUACGAUAGUGGACAAAAUCAAACCUAUAAUGAAAAAUAACGAAUUAAUGAUGAACACAAAUGGUAACAGUAAUAAUAUGAACACCAAUAGAGAUAUGAGAUCUUCUUCUAACAGAAUUUAUCACACUACUUUUGUAUUAGUUUCACUAACAGUUUUUGCCAUAUUAUAUUGAAUUUGAGGUUUAUUUUACAUUUUCUAGUAAAUUAGUACUAGUCGUUUAAUAAUUAUGUUUCCCAAGAAAAUGUAAAUAAUUAUGUACAUAUUGUAGCUUCAGAUUAAUGUUUUAUCAAAGUAUUUUAUUACACAAAUUUAUUUAUAUAGCAGGCACAAAAUCCUGUAUUUUUGAAUGGAUUUUAUGUAAAUUUUAUUUAUUAUAAUAUGUUAACUUUUUAAUUUCUAAUUAUAAUACUAAUUGUGAUUUAACGUUAACAAAAUUUAAUUUUUUAUGCCUUUUAUUAAAAUCAU